AUGUCAGACACUCCCGCUUCCACCCCUGGCUCAAUGCCUGAGAAUCAAGCCUCGGAGCCAGCCCCUCUUCAAGACCACAGCAUCCCUUCUACCUCGGCCGUCACAAAGCUCGCUUUCGAAACCCUCGAGGCCAUUUUCUGUCAGCUCUCCCCCGCAGACUUCAACUCUGCUCGCCACACCUGCCGAGCUUGGUACUAUGCCGGCUCCGGCCGCCUUUUGCUCGUCGAGAUGGUGCAGCGGGCGGGCUGGUGGUCCAGCAUCAAGAGGCUCGUGGGCAACCCUAAAGAUCCCGUCACGCCGCGGCUUGUGCCCGACGACCGAGAGCGUAUGGCCAAGUGGUUGGCCCGGGAGGUCACUCUCGGCGGCGGCGGCGGCGGUGGCGAUACGUCCAAGUCGCCCUUCGUCCUGGCUGGCUCGGUGGACUUUUCCUCUCUGGCGGCGGCGGAGCACCCUGGCUCGGACGCUGCCGCGUCGUCCAGCUGCUCGACUCCCGCCGUUUCUAACUUGAACCCACAUCAUGCGGGAAAGGUCUCCGUCACGUUUACUGUGAGCGCUUGCGGCCGGUUUCUCAUGCUCUCCCGUGGUUCCCUCAUUCACGUCUACGAACUCAACCACAUGUGCGAGGGAACUCGUCAGCCGGCCUGGCAUGCUCGGCUCAAGCCCGCCCGUCACCACCCCCUCGGCGCGCUCCGGCCCGUCACGACUGUGGUUUGCGACGGCAAUGUGGUCCGCUGCAGCAUGGACACCUCCCGUGGGCGCUACGCCGUCGCCGCCCUCCUCGAAGAGCGCCGGGCCGUCCUCGUCGAGAUUAGGAGGGAGACGAUGACGGGCGUCCUGCUACGCGACAUUUCUUCUUCUUCGUCGGAGGAGGAGGAGGACAACGCGGCAGCCUCGGAUGCUGCUCUGCGCGACGGGUACACGCGCGAGGCCGGUCCCCCGAGCAAGAAGCCGAAGACGGCCACCACGGUGGUGGCGACAUGCAUCUGCGAGGAGAGGAGCCCGUUCUGCGCGCCCUCGGUGGAGUCGGCGGAGACGGGUAGGGACAUGGACGGUAGGGGUGCCCGGACGACGACGUACCGGAACCUCUGCACGGGGAUCGACCCGCCGCGGUCGGUGGCCGUGGAGGCUCUCACCCAUCGGAACCUGAGCCGGUGGUUCCCCCUGUUGGCGCCUACGGAUUUGGUGCACUUUCUCCCGCCGCGGACGGGGCCUGGCGUCGGGCGCCAGAAGUUGCGGCUCGUCUGCUCGGCGGCGGGGGAGGACGUUCAACUUGGUCCGACGAGGGGACGGUUUGGCGGGUUUGGGAACUUGUAUAACCAGGCUCUUCGCCUUCCCGGCGGUGGCCCGUCGCCGAAUUCGAAUGGCGUUUCGUCGGCGUCGGCGGGUGGUCACGGCUCGAGGUUCCCGCUGAUCCUUUGGCGGCAGCCUUUUGGUCGUCCUCGUUCUGCUCAUGCUCAGGUGGCGGCGGCGGCGGCGGCUGUCCCUUCUUCGCCCCGAGAGAGCCGCCUUCGUCGCCGAUGGAAGCCUGCGUCGGCGGAGCACCUGCGUGCUGUUCCCCUGCGAGACGGACAGCAUGUUCUCUUCACCGACCCCCAUACCGGCAAGCUUUGUAUCGGAUCGGACGCUUCCCUGGGGCCCAUGUCGCAGCUGGAACGCAUCAUCUGGCUGGCGCCGCCGGCGGGAGCGUCUUCGUCCACGGCUGGCCUGUACGCUGCGGGCGACGACAUGCGCCAUGGCGUGCGGAUCGUGGGCGUUUUCCCUGCGGCGGCCGACGUCGGGGAGGGGAGAGAGAAGGGAGGUGCGGACGGACGAGAGCAAGAGCGGGAACAACAUCAACUCGUCGUCUUUUACACCAUCCCCCCCGACGUCUUCGACGACUUGACCCGCCUGAACAGCGGCGCUUUGCACGUGGCGGCGGCCGACGGCUCGGGCGAGCAGGAUUUUAGCGAUGGGUUUGGCGUCCCCAGCUGGAACAGCUACUCGUACGGCGACGAGGGCGACGACGAGCCCAUUUGCAUUCUGUUCUGA